AUGGAAAGCCGAAUAAAGGUUGGUGUGGGGAGCGGAAAGAGAAAGGUCGACUCCCUGAUCCUGCGGGGGGUGGGGGUGGGGGUCAUCUGUGGCCACUGGGCUAACCAACUGCUUUCCCAGGUCCGUAAACAGUGGAUCCGAGUCCUGGAAGUUGGUGAGAGCCAUGUAUUGCCUCUAGAUGAAAUUGGAAGAGAGACCAUGACUGUAACCCUCAUCGAUGCCAAUCACUGCCCCGGUUCUGUCAUGUUUCUCUUUGAAGGAUACUUCGGAACCAUCCUCUACACAGGUGAUUUUCGAUAUACACCAUCCAUGCUGAAGGAGCCAGCCCUGGCACUAGGGAAGCAGAUCCAUACUUUAUACUUAGACAAUACCAAUUGCAACCCAGCCCUGGUUCUUCCUUCCCGACGAGAAGCUGCCCACCAGAUUAUCCAGCUCAUUCGAAGGCACCCACAACAUAACAUAAAGAUAGGGCUCUAUAGCCUGGGAAAGGAGUCAUUGCUGGAGCAGCUGGCCUUGGAGUUUCAGACCUGGGUGGUAUUGAGUCCUCAGCGCCUGGAGUUGGUACAGCUGCUGGGCCUGGCAGAUGUGUUCACAGUGGAAGAGAAGGCUGGCCGCAUCCAUGCUGUGGAACACAUGGAGAUCUGCCGUUCCGCCAUGCUGCAUUGGAACCGGACCCAUCCUACCAUUGCCAUCCUUCCCACAAGCCGGAAAAUCCACAGAUCGCACCCUGGCAUCCACAUCAUCCCUUACUCUGACCAUUCCUCCUACUCUGAGCUGCAUGCCUUUGUUGCGGCGCUGAAGCCUUGCCAGGUGGUGCCCAUUGUCAGUCGACAGCCCUUGGGGAGCUACUUUCAGGACAGCCUGAGUCCCAUGCUCUCCAUUCCCCUGAUUCCAGACUCUGUGCAGCAGUACAUGGGCUCCUCUUCUGAAAAGCCAGCGUUUCUCUGCCUGUUAGGAAAGAGGUUAAGGAGACCGAGAAUCCAAGGUGUUGUGUUUGAAUCUCCUCAGGAAGAUGCUGAUAAAUCUCAAGCUGACAGAGACUCAAAGAAGACCGAGAAGGAAAACCAUUCUCUUUGUCCUAGGGACCUUGAAAAGCAGCCCUCCUCCCAUCCGUUGAGGGUCAAGAAGCAGUUGUUUUCAGAUCUCUGCAGCAAAGAAUGGGAUGAGGAAGUCCCUUUCUGUAAGUCCCAGAAGAUGGUGACUGUGUUGACUGCCCCAUUGGGAUUUUCGGAUGAGAAGUUUCUUUCUCCGGAAACCAGGGAGCAUCUAGGCUUAGGGGCCCCCUUGAUACCCAGGGGAGACAGUAGUGGCCCAGCAGCUACGGGGAACCAAAGUGCCUGGGUAGAUCACGACUCUCGCCUGUUUCCCAGCGGCAGUGCUGCUCCCUUUCUCACUACUGAAUCUAAAGACCUGGCGCUGAAAUACCUUCUGACUCCAGUGAACUUCUUCCAGGCAAGGUUCUCGUCCAGGAGCUUUGACCAGCUAGUGGAAAAAUACCAUAAACCCAUACUGAAGUCCAGGCAGGAGACUACAGAAUGA